UUGCUUCAGCUGAUAUACUUGCUGUUGUUGCUGCUGGUAUUUUUGCUGUUGUUGCUGCUGGUAUGCUUGUAAUUGUUACUGCUAGUAUGCUUGUGGUUGUUGCUGCUGGUAUGCUUGUGGUUGUUACUGCUGGUAUACUUGCGGUUGUUACUGCUAGUAUGCUUGCGGUUGUUGCUGCUGGUGUGCUUGCAGUUGUUGUUGCUGUUGUUCUUAUGGUUGUUGCCGCUGUUGUUCUUGUUGUUGUUGCUA